AUGUGGAGCUGUCACAUGGCACUGCGUCGGCUCCAGAGGAUUGCUGCUCCUUUGAAUAUCGCCGGGGGUCUGACCAGCAAAGCUCAGAGAGAGAUGUCCUCCCUAUCAAGGGUGUACGUCACCCGACAGAUCCCACCUGAGGGCCUGAAGAUCCUCAAAGAAUCCGGACAAGUACAGUUUGAGCUGUGGGACUCGGACGAUGUCCCAGUUCCGAGGAAAGAGCUGCUCCAGAAAGUCAAAGGCGUCGACGGUCUGCUCUGCGUGCUGACGGAAAAGAUCGACAAGGAGUUGCUGGAUGCUGCAGGUCCAAACCUGAAGGUCAUCAGCACCAUGUCUGUGGGUUUUGAUCAUUUGUCUUUAGAGGAGCUGAAAAACAGAGGAAUCCGUGUGGGGUACACCCCUGAGGUUCUGACCGACGCUGUUGCUGAGCUGACCGUGGCUCUGCUCCUCACCACCUCCAGGAGGCUCAUCGAGGCCACACAUGAAGCCAAGACCGGGGGUUGGGGCACGUGGAGAACUCUGUGGCUGUGUGGGUACGAGCUGGCCAACAGCACUGUGGGCAUUUUCGGCCUAGGAAGGAUCGGUGUGGCUAUCGCAGAGCGUCUUGCACCUUUCAAAGUGAAGAAGUUCAUCUACACAGAUGUGGCCCCCAGACCUGAGCUGGCCAAACAGAUCAAUGCAGAAUACGGUGAGGAAAACCACUUUAUAGUCGCUCAGUUUGUUAUCCGGUUAUUAUCCAUGGAUGAGCUGACAAAGCGGUCGGACUUCCUGGCGAUGUGCUGCGCCCUAACACCAGAGACAAAGGAGAUCUGCAACAAGAACUUCUUCUCCAAGAUGAAGAAGACCUCCAUCUUCAUAAACACGAGCCGCGGUGGGGUGGUGAACCAGGACGAUCUGUACGAGGCCCUGUCCACCGGUCAGAUAGCGGGCGCCGGACUGGACGUCACCGUCCCCGAGCCUCUGCCCACCAGCCACCCGCUGUUCACCCUCAAAAACUGCGUGAUCCUCCCACACAUCGCCAGCGCUUCCUACACCACCCGGAACGCCAUGUCCGCCCUGGCGGCCAACAACCUCCUCCUCGGCCUGAGGGACGAGCCGAUGAUCAAAGAGCUCCAGCUGUAA